UGCUGUUGGCAGAACGAAGAUCUGCGAGCAACCCGGCCAACAUGGAGAGAAAAGUUCUAGCUCUUCAAGCGAGGAAGAAGAGGGCAAAAGCGAAGAAGUCCAGCAAGAAGCAUCCUGCCCACCCUAGGGGGACAGCAGCCCAGCAGCAGCCCCAGCCAGAGGCCUCUCCCCAGGAGCCAGAUGAGCCUGAGGAGAUCCUAGGCUCUGAUGACGAGGAGCAGGAAGACCCCAACGACUACUGCAAAGGUGGCUACCACUAUGUAAAGAUAGGAGACCUGUUCAAUGGGAGGUACCAUGUGAUCAGGAAGCUGGGCUGGGGACACUUCUCCACUGUGUGGCUGGCCUGGGACAUACAGCUGAAGCGGUUUGUGGCUAUGAAGGUUGUGAAGAGUGCAGAGCAUUACACCGAGACAGCCGUGGAUGAGAUCAAACUGCUCAGAUCUGUGAGAAACACGGACCCUGACGAUCCCAAGAGGGAGAUGGUGGUUCAGCUACUGGAUGACUUCAAGAUCUCCGGCAUCAACGGGACUCAUGUGUGCAUGGUGUUUGAGGUGCUGGGGCACCACCUACUGAAGUGGAUCAUCAAGUCCAACUACCAGGGCCUUCCUCUGCCCUGCGUCAAGAGCAUCAUACGCCAGGUUCUUCAAGGCCUGGACUACCUUCACACCAAGUGUGAGAUCAUCCACACUGACAUCAAGCCAGAGAACAUCCUGUUGACGGUGAAUGAGCCCUAUGUGAGGAGGCUGGCCGCGGAGGCUACGGAGUGGCAGAAAGCAGGGGCUCCCCCACCCUCGGGGUCCGCAGUCAGCACAGCGCCAGCUCCAAAAGCAGUGGCCAAAAUGUCCAAGAACAAGAAGAAGAAGUUAAAGAAGAAGCAGAAGCGUCAGGCGGAGCUAUUGGAGAAGUGCAUUCUGGAUCUGGAGGAGAUGGAAAAGGCUCCGGGGAGGGGAGAUGAGGAGGAGGAGGAGGAUGAUGAAGAGGACCCAGAGUCUCCAGUCUCUUCCAAACAGCAGCGGCCAUAUUGUGCUCCUCUCAGACAGGUUUCCUUACAGGAGAUAGCCAGCCAAGACACAACCGCGUACAUUGCGGGUGCGGCGGUGACGCAAUUCGUACCAGAAAGCAUAAUAACUGAGGUAGAGGUGAACUUUAACGGCCUUCAUCCUGAGGAAGAGGAAGAUGAAACAGAGAGGAAGGCACAGUGGAAGGAGGAAGACCAACACAACGGUAACACAGACCCAGCAGAGGAUCACUGUCUUCUUCAGGAGUCAAACCCACAGGAGUCAAUAUUAUCAAACCCACAGGAGUCAAUAUUAUCAAACCCACAGGAGUCAAUAUUAUCAAACCCACAGGAGUCAAUAUUAUCAAACCCACAGGAGUUAAAAAAGGUGUCACAUGGUCAGGAGUUCAAAAAGGUGUCACAUGGUCAGGAGUCUCCACCUCCUCAACCCGUGUGUAACGGUCUGGUGUCCCCAGAAACAGAGGAGCCUAAGACCCCAGAGAGUGAGGAGGGGAGUGGAGCACUGCACAGGAAGGUGACUCAGGUAAAGAGAGAAGCAUCUGAGAUGGAGUCAACAAGCUUCAGGGUACGGGAGGAGGAGGAGGAGGAGGAACUGUCACCGGAGGAGGAGGAACAGAAGAAUCAGGAGGAAGUCACAGAGGAGGCGCAGGAUAGGAGUUGGGAGGAGCAGAACAGGAGUCAUGAGGAGGAGGCCACAGAGAUGCUGGAUAACAUCCAGUAUGGAGGGGAACAGGAGAAGAAGAAUCAGGAGGAAGUCACAGAGGAGGCGCAGGAUAGGAGUUGGGAGGAGGAGGAGGAGCAGGACAGGAGUCAUGAGGAGGAGGAGGCCACAGAGAUGCUGGAUAACAUCCAGUAUGAAGGGGAACAGGAGAGUCUGAAGGAUGCCAAACUAGCAGCAGGAAACCUCCUGGUCAACCCCCUGGAGCCACUUAAUGCAGGCAGACUGAAGGUCAAGAUAGCGGACCUGGGGAACGCCUGCUGGGUGCACAAGCACUUUACAGAAGACAUUCAGACGAGACAGUACCGUUCUCUAGAGGUGCUCAUUGGGUCUGGCUACAACACACCAGCUGACAUAUGGAGUACAGCCUGCAUGGCGUUUGAGCUGGCCACUGGGGACUACUUGUUUGAGCCCCAUUCCGGGGAAGAUUACUCCAGGGACGAAGACCAUAUUGCAUUGAUCAUUGAGCUGCUGGGGCAAGUCCCACGCAAACUCAUAACGGCUGGGAAAUAUUCCAAGGAUUUUUUCACCAAAAAAGGUGACCUGAAGCACAUCACCAAGCUGAAGCCAUGGGGGUUACUAGAGGUGCUGCAGGAUAAGUAUGAGUGGCCCAAAGAGGAGACUGAUUGUUUCGCCGACUUCCUCCUCCCCAUGCUGGAGCUGGUACCAGAGAAGAGGGCCACGGCCGCAGACUGCCUGCGCCACCCCUGGAUCGCCCCCCAGUGACAGCCUCCAGUACUGCAAAUCAAAAUGCCUGUUCAGUAGGCAAACAUUGGAAUGUUGCAGAUAACUGUCAUGACGUGAGGUGACAUGAUUCCCUUUUCUACAUGUCAUAGAGGCAUUAAUGUUUCUAUCAGAACAUUCCAGAACGUUUUGUCCUGCUGAAUGCACCCCCUUGGCCUGUAUUGCCCUCCCCAAUGGAGCCUUCCAACCACUGCAAUGUAAAACCAUGUGGCCAUGUUCAGGAGGAUGUAAAGUUACUGAACCUUCAGAUGUAUGGCGUUGAACAGAGAUACGAUCAUCUGUCAAAUAGAAUAGGGAAUUGGGUCCACUUUAUUCAUUCAAUUUCUAUCUUCAAUGUUGCGUUAUUUUUUUUUUUUUUUGUCAUUUAGCAGACACGCUUAUCCAGAGCAACUAAGUGUCUGCUAAAUGAGUGAAAAGUAAAAUGAGCGUUUCAUUUUCCUAAAUACACCCCUGGAUGUAUUCCCUCUAGUGGUCAUCUCUGGUCACUGCGGUGCAAAUUAAACCCCUCACAAGAGACUUGUUGCAACAGAGCACUUUCCAAUUCAACCAUAUCUGAGAUGACUUAUUUAUUUCUGUUUUUUGAUUUGUUUUGUUACAUUGUGUUCUUAUUAUCAUCAUCAAGGAGUGUCUGUAAGCUUUUAUUUGUUUUCUUUGUACUGAUUCUGUUUAAGUAAGCCAGUAGGCAACAUUGGUUUAUGGUCAUUUUGGCAGUCCAGAAUUCUGUGCUCCCGUACACUACUCACUUGUAAGAGGACUUGUCUUUGUAAUUGUUGUUAUUGUGACUCACCAUCUUGUUUCGUUUUAUACUUGCACAAGACCUGGAAAAGAUCAAUGAACUGCCCUUCACUUUUGUAGUCCUGUUUCCGUUAAAUAACUUGAUACCACUAGUUUUCUUUCCUCUGAUAAAUGUCAUUGAUGUCUGUCUGUGUUACACCUUCACCCGUAAGGCAUUUGUGUUUUGUAUUACGCGUACUAUUAGGAAGUUGCACAUAAUGCAGAUGAACGGACUCGUAGGCUUCACUCUACUCUCUUUUCUGACUGAACUAUUUGUAGGUCGUCACCACCCGUAAAUACAACGAAGGACUGUCUUGCUAUUUUUAGAUCAGCCAGUAAAAACCAUAUUACCUGACAAUGUUCAGAAUCUGUUAUAAUACUAACUUUUCAUAUAUUCACUUUCAGCCAAUGGGAGACUAGUUUUGUGGGUUUAAUUAAGUAAUAUGUUCAUAACACCAGCCGAAAGAAGAGAAAUUGUGAGAAGAUAUAUAAAAUGUGUGUAUAUAUAUAUAAAUAACUACCAAGGAAUUUGCCUUUCUGUAUAUUACAGCCGUGUACAGUUUUUAACAAAUCCUAGUGUGUGGCUGAAAUGGCACCCUUUUCCCUAUGUAGUGCCCUAUGAAAUAGGGUGCCAUUUAGGGUGCACCCUACUAUGUCUGGGUAGUAUUGUGUCAAUAAAGCAUAUGGAAGAAGUGUGCAAGCUC